AUGAAGAACUACAGUGUGACUGUCGAUGCGAAAGAUGGGAAGCUAUAUAGGAAAUAUACGGUUGUUCCCAGGCGCUAUCGACUUUCUUGUUUGUUGAAUCUACUCAUUUUUGCAGCGUUAAACGCUGCUGUAGCUUGCUACACAGAUGCAAAGUUAUCCAUCUCUCAUUUUACCAAAAUGAUUCUGCAGCUACUAUCCGUGGCGCUGUCACUAAUACUGAUACGGAAUCCUACUAUCGAAUCGCUAUAUGUGUUCAGACAAACUGGAAUUCAGAUGUCCACCAUGGCAGGAUGUGUUCUCUUACCACGGUCUCUUAAUGAGCGAUGGCUUGAACAAACAAUAUUCAUUCCCAACGACAGAAUUGUUGAUCUAGUCAUCAAUGAGGGCUUCACUAAAGGGUUUCAAGUGAUAUUUUACAUGGCUGUAAUCCUAAAAGACGCUACAAAGCUACAAUUGGUAUUUCCUGUAUGUUAA